AGGGUUUGCGCCUGAGUUCGUCCGUCAUUUGAACAAAACGAGACGUUCGUCAUUUGUCAGUAAUGGCAGCCAAGAUUCAGCAGUUUGAUCCUCCUAGUUCAGCAAGUUCCGAAAGUGAUGGGUGCGAACUGGACGGGGAGGAGACUGUGUUCCUCAUGGACGACGAGCAGCAGGAGGGGUUGAGGGGUGACGUGUGUGCCCCCGACUGCACCACGCCCCCACCGCGCCCACCCUCCACUGGCUCACUCAAGUCCCCGCGGCCGCGACGGCAGAGAACAGCGUCGCUGUCGCAGGCGUCCAAGACCACGGCCAAGGAGAGCGUCUUGCAGAACGACCUCAAGAUCAUCUACACGGCCGGCCGGCCACCUUGGUACAACUCGGCCGGCAUCCAGGUGGAGCCCUUUGUCAUCGGCAUCUGCGGGGGCAGUGCCUCGGGCAAGACGACGGUCGCCACCAAGAUAAUUACGAGCCUGAACGUGGCCUGGGUGACGCUGCUCAGCAUGGACUCCUUCUACAAGGUUCUCAACGAGAAGCAGCAUGAGAUGGCAGCAAGGAACGAGUACAACUUCGACCACCCGGAUGCGUUCGACUUUGAGUUGUUGCGGGAGACACUGCAGCGCCUCAAGGAGGGCAAGAAGGUGGAGGUGCCCGUCUACAACUUCCUGACGCAUUGCCGCGAGGCCAAGACGAAAACUAUGUAUGGAGCCAAUGUGAUAAUAUUUGAAGGGAUCCUGACAUUCUACAAUGCCAAAAUCCUGGAGAUGCUGGACAUGAAGGUGUUCGUGGACACAGACGCAGACGUGCGGCUGGCGCGCCGCCUGCGCAGGGACAUCACGGACCGUGGGCGCGACCUGGACGGCGUGCUGAAGCAGUACUGCAACCUGGUGCAGCCGGCAUUCAACCACUACAUUGCACCGUCCAUGGUGCACGCCGACAUCAUCGUGCCGCGCGGCGGCGACAACACGGUCGCCAUCGAGCUCAUCGUGCACCACAUUCACAAGCAGCUGCAGCUGCGCGGCUUCAAGGUGCGAGAGAAGCUGGCUAACUGCUGCAAAGGCCAGCCCAUGCCUGGCUCGCUGCACCUUCUGCCCUCCACGCCCCAGAUCCUGGGACUGCACACGCUCAUCCGCAACCGCGACACGCCCCGCGAUGAGUUCAUCUUCUACUCCAAGAGGCUGAUCCGCCUCGUCAUCGAGUACGCCCUGUCACUGCUGCCCUUCCAGGAGGUGGUGGUGGACACGCCGCAGAGCGUGCCGUACUCGGGUCGGCGCUGCGCGUGGCACAAGGUGUGUGGCGUGUCCAUCCUGCGCGCGGGCGAAACCAUGGAGCAGGCGGUGCAUGAUGUGUGCAAGGACAUACGCAUCGGCAAGAUCCUCAUCCAGACCAACUCGCUGACGGGCGAGCCCGAGCUGUACUACCUGAAGCUGCCCAAGGACAUCAAGGACUACAAGGUGAUCCUGAUGGACGCAACAGUGGCGACAGGGGCAGCAGCCAUGAUGGCUAUCCGCGUGCUGCUGGACUUUGACGUGCGCGAGGAGAACAUCCUUCUGGUGUCACUGCUCAUGGGUGAGCCAGGUGUGCAUACCAUCGCUUACGCGUUCCCUGGUGUGAGGAUUGUCACGACAGCCGUCGACCCGGAAAUCAACGAGAAGUUCCACGUCAUCCCAGGCAUCGGCAACUUCGGCGAUCGCUACUUCGGCACAGAGCCCUCGCGCAGUUCUACGUGAUCGGCUGUGCUCUCGAGCAUGAGAAAGUGUGGACUCCAUCUGCAUUUGUGCAGCAGGUUUAUUUUGUGCUGGUUGAGUUAAUGUUUGCGCGGCUGUCCUGACAGGGUCCACGUUCCUAAUAUUUAUCAGUAACUGUAUUUACAGCCUCGUAGGGUAUUGCCAAGCUUGUAUAAUGGUUUUAUAAAACUGACAAAAGAUGGUGCAGGCACUGAACAACAUUCACAUCAUACAGUAUUAUAUUUAAUGUGUUCAUGCCCUUAGCAUGGUAGCUGUUUAAUAUGUUCACGUAAUUUUCAAGAUUCGAAUAAAGAUCUCUGCUUAAUGGCAGAACCUGCAGUCUACUACUACCCACUAGACUAAAUGUUGCAAAAAAUGUAUGAAGACACGUUAGUAGUUCAAAACAUUCAGAACAUGGCCUCAGAACAAUCUGGCCAGCUCCUUCUUGCGAACAGGAUGAGCAUCCUUGCAACUUUCAAUGUCAGUGGAAACUGGCACAAAAUAUGCCUGCUGUGCAGCCGUGACGCACACGCCUUCCUGCAGGCUCCAAGCAGGGUUGGGGGUGCCAGACUAUAGUUUUUCAGUUUUCUUUACGCUUAUUUUUGUUGAUGCUGGACAAAGUCCUCGUCACAUUUCUCACGACAUACAUUUGUGUUGUUUGCUUGUUUGUGUUGUGUCGACACACUAGUAAGUGUGUCAAGUAGUAUAAUUUCUCGCGUCACCUAUUUUCAACCAAAAGAUUACCAAAGUAUGUUACUAUCUGACAAACCAAAAAAAUUUUUAAUGGGUUAUGAUUUAAUGUGCUUAUUGAAAGCUCGUCGCUGUGGUAUUUAUUUACACUGAAAUAAAUAUAUGUAUUCCUUA